UAAGGUCAUUGUAGUAUCCUUGGUCUCUAGAGAAUGAACAAGGUGGCCAUCUUUAUUUGCCCCUUGAGAAUCAUCAAAGACAACCUAUUAGAGACAUUGUGGUCAUUUUGUUUCUUUAAAUUAGAGGGUCCAGGUGAUACUUACCAGCAGCACAUAUUAGUCAUCUUGUGUUCUUUUUUUUUUUUUUCAUAAUUAAUGCCAGUUGAAUUUUAGCUGGAAAGAAAUGAUAGGGUGGAUUUUUUUUUCCAUUUUCUUUGUUCUUGUUUUGAUUUUAAGAAUCUCUAAUGAAAUCAUAUUGAAUGUUGAAAACUCUUUUACGUUUUAUGUUUUUGUUGAACAGUUAAUUUUUUUAAUCCUCUAUCGUCUGUGGGACUUGAACCCAUGACCUUUUUCUUCUCAACCUAGAUGUUUUUAAAGGUUUUAUCUUUGUCAAUGGACUACCACCCCCUUGUUUUUUUAGGUUUUAUGUAGUGUAAAAUUCUUUAAACAAAUAGGUUUUUGAAGGUCUUGGGUUUAGAUCCCUAGACGGGUUCAGAUCCCUAGACGGUAUAUUGAACCAAAGACCUUUCUUUUCUCAACCUAGGUGUUUUUAAAGGUUUUCUCUUUGUCAAUGGACCACCCCUUGUUUUUUUAAGUUUUAUAUAGUGUAAAAUUCUUUAAACAAAUAGGUUUUUGACGGUCUUGGUUCAGAUCCCUAGACGGUAUAAUUAAAAAGAAAUCUGCCUAAAAAAACUAGUGUCAUUCUUUUUACUUUAUUAUUCAAAAUACAAAACAUAAUAAUAAUAAAGAAAAUUAUUCUUUUAAUCGGUUUGUACACCAUUAGGCCACAAGGGGCGGUCCGUGAUGGACUAAUGUUAACGCGUUAUAUCAUAACGCACACCGCCGCCUUGCCUGUUAUCACGCGUUAUCUUUAAAACGCGUUACACAUAUAACGCGUUGAAGUUUGAAAUUUGAACGUUGGAAAUGACCGUUUGGGUUAUUCUUUUGACCGUUUGAUGAUAUUUGAACCAUUUUUUUUUAUAUAAAUCCAACCUAUUUCAAUACCAAAAAUCAAUAAACUCUCCAACUAUUCUCACACUCAAUACAAAAAAUCAAAAAACUCUCCAACUCAAUCUAAAUAAUUUUACAAGAAACAUGGAAGGUUCAAGCAAGAGAGGUGGGGGUUCGAAAAAAAGAGGUUCGUGUACGAAGAAAAAUCCCGUAAGACCCAAGGUUCGAGCGAAUCUUGACGAGCCGACGCGCUUUAGGUUGCAAGACGAACCCGACCAAGUCCCACCCUUUCAAACCCAACAAUAUCCACCCUUUCAAACCCAACAAUAUCCACCCUUUCAAUCGCAAACGUACCAAAACCAACCGUUCGUUCCACCGUUUCAACCUCACCAAUUUUAAUCGCAAACGUAUCAAACCCAACCCCACACACUCGACCCACUACUAGAAGACAACACCCUCAUUCAUCAUUUUGCAAACGCGUGGCGUGAACCACAACAAAGUCUUGACGAGGAAGAGGAAGAAAAAGAGGAGGAAGAGGAAGAAGAACAAAAUGAUGAGGUUCAAGAAAUCGCUCCAAUCGGCCGACAACAUUGGACGAGCGAGGAGGAGGUGUCCUUGGUGAAGGCGUAUUUGCACAUCUCGGAGAAUAAGAAACAUGGCAACGAGCAAAGAAAGGAUGCGUUUUGGAGACGGGUCAUUAAUCAUUUUAGGCAACUUCCCGGUGCAAGGAUACGAAACAUGGACCAAAUGACGUCGAAGUGGACGGAUUUGAACGGGAAAAUUAGCAAGUUCAACGCUUGUUUCAUUCAAAAGAACCGAAACCCACAAAGUGGAGCGAGCGAGGCGACAAUCAUGCGACAAGCCACCGAAGAGUAUUGCCGACUGUACAAAAAGAGGACUUUUCCACACGUGGGGGCAUGGGAAGUUGCGAGACAUCACCCGAAGUGGGUCCCCGUUGAGUUGAUUGACAUGCGUGGUCCUACGGCUCCAAAAAAACAAGGCGGUUCGAAAAGAUCAAAGACAUCCGAUUCGGGGAACAACACGACUUCUGCGUCGGAUAACUUGCCCGAAAUGAACUUAAACGACGACCCCCUUGACGAACCCGAUCAACCCGUUGACGACCCCGUUGAAGAAGAUACACCCACAAGGCCACGACGCAGGAGAGGUGGUGAAUCGUCAAGCAAAGGUAAGGAAGCGGUGGCGGAGUCGACCUUCAGAAUCGAAGAGGAGAAAAUGACCCAAUUCAAGAAGGCCGAACAAAUAAAAGAAACAAUUAUGUCCCUAAAAGUUGAACGCGAGCAGGCAUACAAGGAACACUUGAAAACGAUUGAAAGACAAAAUGAUUUAAAAAUCUUGUGUGAAAACCACGCCCAUCUCGACGAACCGUUCAAGUCAAUUGUCAUUCAACAAAAGCGCGCGAUUUGCGCAAAGGGGGGUUGCGAGAUGCCACUCGUUUAGUUGUUUUUUUA